AUGGUUGAAAUGGAUCAAGUUCAGUACCCACAAACCCACAGUGCACUCGUUGACCUCUCUACCACCUUUGCCCUCGUGCUCGAUGCGAUUCAACGAAAUGAAGUACUCGGCCCCGUAUUGCAACAAUGGGCGCUCGCCUCAAUCCUCGACAAGGUUUCCUAUGAGUUGAUACAAGUCACAAGCCCCAACGCCGGUUUCCAUUUCGGUGCUAGCCAUACGACGGAAGAAGCAGUCCUUGCGUUUGACAUCCACGAUCACGCAUCGAAGAUCGAGUCGAUGGCACCGAUUCUCUGGGCGUUGUUCACCGGAUUAUUCUCUACAGAACCAAAGGGGCGCUCAUUCAAGAAAGCGUGGAGAGAUGCAAAGCGGAGGAAGGUUGGGAGGAAGAGGGCGGACUCUAUACCCCGGCGGGUUGAGGUUGAGAUGGAAGAUAUUGGGUUCUCAGACGAUGAAGAUCUCUUGGAUGGUAUGGUUUUGGACGAGGAUGAGGACGAGCCAGAGGAUUGGGAGGACCAAAUUAUGCGCCGCCGAAGGUCAAACGUAAAGAUGCGCCAGGUCUUUUGUAUUUCGGCGCUUAUGAACACCAUAAAUAAUCGCUGUAACGCACUUCAAUCGGUCAAUGGCGUAUAUCUCCAUGCAGCUUCAGCACCAGACCGCGUCCAUGAACUCUUUUCGAAAGUCGGGCUCAGUAUCUCAAUCCAAUCGACCAACAAUGCCAUUCAGUACAUGUCCAAGACUACCAUAAAAAAGGCGAAGGCAUUGGGAUUAUCAUUUCUGUCAUCCUACGCAUUCGACAAUCUCGACAUCGGUCAAGCCAAAGGAACACCAACGAUCGACUCGACCAGCGCUCGAAUAUCGUCCUCCGAAGGAAUGUCGAUGUCGGUAUUUGGCGGUUCUUCCAUGAGGAGUGAGCGAGUAAUGUUUGUUGAUUUGUUCAAGUUCCAACGAGCACAUCUAGUCGCGUCGCGUCGAGUCACGCACAACGAUGAUGAGAGUGAUGGAGGUGAUGGCUUGAAACCCUAG